UAAAGAAAGUUGGUGGUGGGGGGUUCGGCUCGCGUUUGUUUUGUAAAUAACAAGUUUUUAGCCCAAUUGCUGGCAUGGACACGCCUGGAGCCAUGGAGGACCUGGCAAGCGUGUCCUUCGGUGACUUUGAGCCGAAAUCCGCCGAGGGGGACGUAUCCUGCUACCAGAACUUCCGGGCACAGACAAAACAUGACAUCUCACUGGACCUUUCGCUUGGCCAGAAGACGGAGAACCUGUUCGCCGCCGACCAGACGCCCACGCCCACGCGCCUCAUCAAGAACUGCGACGAGGUGGGCCUCUUCGAGGACCUGCAGCACGUGAAUCCCUUCGACAUAGGCUUCCAGAGGGCGGCAGAGCAAAAUGUCAGCGGCACUCCCAGUCGUCCAGAGGCUCCUCCUCUCGACGGUGAAUCCCUGCACACGCCGCAGGUGUAUCCUUUGGAGAGCAGCACCACGGUAUCAGCUCCGCCUGGCAAUCCGGUCACUAGGAGCGACAGCUGCAGCAAUGUGGAUGUGGAGCAGCUUUUGGCCAGCACAGGGAACACUCCACCCGAGGCCUGUCAGGAGGGUCCACCGCCGCUGCAGUUGAUCCAGCCCCAGGUCAUCAGCUGGGUGCUGCCUGCCCAGUCAGUUCCCGUCCCCCUCGCCACAACAGAUUCCCACAGGGGAAAGCCUACCAGUGCCAUUCGCCCCUACAUACUGCCCAAACCCAGUGCGAACGAAUCGCAUAGGGCCAGUAGGAGGCCCGAACCCAUUCUGGUGACCUGCAACCCACCUGCUCACGAGCCCAGCAGUGCCAGCCUCACGCCCACUUCACAACUGCCCAUCAAGGAGCGAUUGAAGGCCAUCCUGCACAGCAACAACAACAGACGCAACUUCUCUACACCUUCCAAAGCGGCGAAACCCAAGGAUCGCAGUCGGGAUGAGGACUGCAUGGAGCGGCGGAGGGCUGCUGCCUGCCGUUACCGCAACAAGAUGCGAAACGAGCACAAGGAUCUGCGCAAGCAGAAUGCGCAACUGCAGCAGGAGAACCAUGAGCUGCACGAGAGGAUCGCCAGGCUGGAAAAGGAACUGCAGCAGCACAAGAGUCACAGCAGCUUAGCUGGCGUGGCCAACCAGCUGCAGAUUCCACCAUCCAGCAUACACCUGCUCAUCAAUGUGCCCAACAUGUUGGUGCCUUCGUGUGCCAGCAACGCGGGUGCGGAUAAAAAGUAAUCAAGGUGCCUUGAUUAUUUAUUUAUUUUUCGGUGCCAUGUAAAUAAUCCUAGCUUAGACAAUUAUUUGUACAAAAAGGCCUCAAUUUGUUAUGCUAAUAAUUAGUUAAAAUUGCUCCUGCA